CUCAUGUACACAGUGUUUUAACAGAGAACAUUCACAGUCACACUUCUCUGUAGAACGAGUAACACUCUUCUAACAUUCCUGAGCUCACGUCAUUACUAACAUCUUAAAGGCAUCAGAAAACUCACAGACGGAUAAAAAGUGCAGUGUUUCGUUCUUCAUUCUUACAGAGAUGGCAACCUGGAUGAUUGUGCUGUUUGUGUCAAUGUCUGGAAGCCUCUCUCUUUCUGAACGAGAACCAGAACAUUUCAGUCCACGGAGCUGCAAAGAGCUGAUGCUCAGAUAUAAGACGAAUGAAGAUGGACUUUAUUACCUGACCACGGCGAGCGGUGUGGUGUAUCAGACCUACUGUGAUAUGACCACAGCAGGAGGAGGAUGGACUUUGGUGGCCAGUGUUCACGAGAACAACAUGUAUGGGAAAUGCACCACCGGAGAUCGCUGGUCCAGUCAGCAGGGUAACAGUCCGGACGUACCUGAAGGAGACGGCUCGUGGAGUAACACCGUCACAUUCGGCACUGCAGAAGCCGCAACCAGCGACGACUUUAAGAAUCCUGGGUAUUAUGACAUCACAGCGAAGGACGUAGCAGUGUGGCACGUUCCUAAUAACGAACAAGUAAAGCGCUGGAAACUAACAUCGUUCCUGCGUUACCACACGGAGACCCAAUUCCUCAACAGCUACAAAGGAAACCUCUACAAUCUCUUCAAGCAAUUCCCAGUGAAAUACAACGUAGGACGUUGUCCUGAUAACCACGGCCCCUCUAUUCCUGUAGUGUAUGAUGUUGGAGACGCCACAUCCAACCACAACCUGUUUGGACCCAACGUCAGAGCGUAUACCAAGCCUGGAUUCAUCACAUUCCGACCGAUAAAUACAGAAAGGGCGGCGAUGGCGAUCUGUUUGGGAGUCAAACCAACAGACUGCAACACAGAACACUCCUGUAUAGGAGGAGGUGGAUAUUUUCCUGAAGGGUCUCCAAGGCAGUGUGGUGAUUUCCCCGCAUUUGACUGGAAUGGUUACGGUACUAACACCGGCUGGAGCGCCAGUAAACAGGUGACCGAGGCGGCGGUGCUCAUCUUCUACCGCUGAGACACUGAACAUAUAUCAGACCUUCAGGAACCUAUCAGAAUUCUGUUAAACAAAUUACAGUUUAACCAAAUAAAUGAUUUUCAACUCUG